AUGAAGGUCACAGCCCUCGCCCUCGCUUUCCUUACCUCGACUGCCUUCGCUCUAGACCCUACAGUCGCCCGUCGCGACCCUGCCGCUGAGAUGGAGAAACGCGCCGUCGUCGGCGCAACAGUCCUUGUAGACGGUCUACGUUACCGUACAUGCCCGAAGACGAGCUGCACAGCUCCGGGCCAGUACGCCAAAGGUACCAAGAUCAAGUUGAGCUGCUAUACCAGGACGGAUACGACUACCGUAAAUGGCGACAAGGGCUGGGCCAAGGUCUCCGGUGGCGUUGGUAAUGGAAGAUGGGUUGCAAUGGCUAAGGGUACUUAUGUGACGUGGGAUGCGCCAUUGAAUGCUUGCUGA